UUGAUGGGAAAGGACGACCAGGCUCUGCGCGUCGCGUUGACCAUUGACCAGUCAAAAUUAUCCCUCCGUCGUGUUGCCUUGUCUGGCUUCGCUUGGCGCGAUUCUUCCUCUUCCCUCGCUCAUCUGCCCAGCCUGCCUGUCUUUUCCAUCGAUUCCUUCUCACUUCACCUAGCGGAGUGCACUGACUGACCCACUGGCCACCACCACCAGCAAGCAGCACGCGCGCGGCGCUCACCUCCCUCCCCUUCCCUGGUCGAGUGGCUAAUACUGGUGGUGGAUCCAUCCAUCCAUCCAUUCCAUUCACACUUGCACAGUACAGGGCGACAGAGGAGAGGAUACUAGCAAAAGGGGACAGGUCAGAGGUGGAGGAGGAGCCCGAUGAGGGGGGAAGCCAACGGAGGGGAGGAGCGGCGGCCGCGAGGUGAGGACCACGAGGACGACGACGAGGAGGAGGACCAGCAGCGACCGGGCGAGGGGGCGGCGCAGCAGAGGCAGCACAGCCAGAACCAGAGGACGCCGAGGCCUACCUCCGGGCCGCAGCAGCAGCCGGCGAUGAGGAACGUGGGGUACGUCGGCAAGCACCGCCUCUCCGCCGCCAUCGCCCGCCUUGACCAGGAGCUCCAGUCGCUCCAGGAUGAACUGAAUGAGCUUGAAACCAUGGAACCCGCAUCUGAAGCAUGCCAGGAGGUGAUCACAAGUACUGAAGGAAAACCUGACCCACUUCUUCCUAUCACCAGUGGUCCAGAGAACUCUUCUUGGGACAGAUGGUUUCAGCGGGUCCGCAGCUCCCGCAGCAACAAAUGGUGGGCAUCCAAAGGCUCUGAUUUCUCCUAGCUUCACCAAAGACGAGAUCAUCAGUCAGUUGUGUGUAGAUUAAAAACCACUUGAACAGUAUCAUCCAUUGGUGGCUUGGCAACGGGACAUGAAACGUUGAUUGCGGUGUGGUUCUCAGAAUACUGGAUAGUUUUUGGAGAAUUGUUGUGUAUGUAGUAAUCCCUAACAAGAACAUUGAUGUAUCCACAUCAGACCUGAUUGUUGUUAACAAAAUAGUCUGAAUCAUUUUCCAUAGCUUCUGGCAA